GUUGAAAGUUAUUAACAAAUCGGAAUAAACUCCGGCGACUUGAGUCCGACGGAGAGGUAAUCGCCGGCGGCGGCGGAGGAGGAGGAGGAGAUCACGGCGAGGCAAAAACAAUGAGAGGAGUUCCGGUUACAUCGUGGCUGGAAAUUUGGAUUCCGGCGAAUUGAUACUCUGUUGUAAUGCAUGCUUCUUCGUUUCGACUGAGCUAUUUUUAGUUUUAGAAAAAUACGUGUUUUGGAGUUCGUGAAUAAUCGAAGAGUUUGUGGACAUUUUGCUGCUAAAAUUGUUUGAAUAUUGAAGAGGAAGGAAGCGUACGUUUCGUUGCGGUUUUCGGUGUGUCUGCGGAGUGUAGAGUGCUUUUUGGUGCGACCUUUCUUUGUACCAUCCUCCGAUCUCGCUUUUGGAAGCAGGUUGCAAUGUUUGAUAUUCAUCAGAGUGGGGAAAAUUCCAAUUUUGAGAAAACACAUACCAGAUGUUUAGGAGAAAUGCCGAAUCGCAUCUAGCUGAAUGAGCACUGUUGGAAAAUUGGAUGCUAUGGAUAAACCACAUCGUGAUGGAUUUCCUCUCUCUAGGAGCAGAUCAGCCACAUCCAGUGCAUCUAAUGAUCCAACAGAAGUGAUUGUUUCCGACAUGAAAAACAGUUCUUCAAACAGAAAAUCAAAUGGUUCGGACAUAAAAUUGCUUUCUGCCCAAAAGAUGUCGAAAGAAGUGAACUUUGGACACGAUUCGCCUAAUCUAGUCGCGAAAUUAAUGGGACUUGAUUCCAGUCCAAGGAAGGAAUCUAGUACAGCUAUACAAAGAAGCUAUUCUAGAGAUUAUCCCAACAAUCUUUUCGACAAUCCUCUGAAUUAUCAGAAACAGAAUGGAUAUGAAGAUCCAAACAAGCAACACCUCUUAUAUGAAGCAUGGCAGCAAUUCUGUAAAUCACCACAGAUGGGAAGAUAUGAGGAGACUAUAAACAGCAAAAGCAUGGCCCUUGUUCGUGAAAAGUUCAUCGAAGCAAAAAGAAUGUCAAUAGACAAAAAGCUUUGUCAAUCAAAGCAAUUCCAAGAUGCAUUAGAAGUCUUGAGCUCCCAUAAAGAGCUAUUUCUCAAGUGUCUGCAAGAACCAAACUCAAUGUUCUAUCAGCAGUCAGUUUCCCCUCCUACAGACAGAAAGCGAAUCACCAUUCUUCGACCUUCAAUGAUGGCAGAAAAUGGAAAACAAAUGAAUACAGGUGCCUUCCAUGGAGAUCCCGAGAAAAUUCUUCCAGGAAGUCCUCACCAUGGAAGUUCGAAGGACCAUGAAAAUUCCAAUCAGCCGACACAAAUAUUUGUUCUAAAACCAAGCCUCAGGAAGCUCUAUGAUCUUCAGACUGCUUCUCCUCAGGCAGGAGGAACACACAUCACUGAGGGUGUGGAAGAUAAGAAUCGAAAACCAAGAGAAGGAGAUGCAGUAGUCAGUGAGAAAAUGUGUGAACAACAUGACACACUCCAUAGAAAUGAAGCUUCAAAUUCUAAUGGUUAUGUGGGUGAUCAAACCUCAUUCAAUAAGUCGGAAACUGAGUGUGCAGAGAGUAAUCUCAGUGAUUCUAAUGGUAACGGGAUUGGCAGUCCUUCACCUUCCACAUUUAGCCGAGCAUCUUCUUCCUCCAAGUUGUCUGUUUCCAGAGAAGCUAAGAAACGUCUCUCUGAGCGAUGGACAAUGAUGGCAAUGAAUGCGAGUUUCCAAGAAUCAAAACACAGUAAGCGAAGUUCCAUCACACUAGGUGAAGUUCUUUCUCUUUCUGAGCCAAAGAAGUCAGCGUCUCCUGGUGAAGAAUGUCGAUCCAUUCAACAACCGAAAACUUCAACAUCUCUGUUAGUUAGUUCAGCAAGACCAAUCUUGAGGUCGAAAUCUGUCCCUGCUUCUACAGAUUUCCGUAUUAAGCUUCACAUUGGCAUUCCAAGCUCCAAUAAGGGUAAACUCGAAGCUGUUAAGAACGACAGAAAUACACGUAUUACAUCUUCUUUCGCAGGGAAAGUUUCGAGUUUCUUUUUCUCGAGGUACAGAAAACCUGGUAAACACAAAUAUAUAUCAUCUGAAGAAGCUUGCAAGGAUAGGACUGGAAAGCAUGUUGAUGAACAGUCCAAUGCUGCGCCAUCUCGUCUGCCAGAACAAUCAAGAAAACGAUCUUCGUCUAGUUUAAUUGGUCAUGAGAUUGGCUCGGCUGCUGCAGAGCCGACUGGAUCUAACAAUCGAGGUGAAAAUGAAAAUCAGGAUCCCCCGAAUUCAAUAUCUGUUACAACCCUGAUUCAGGAGCAUGGAGCUGAUCCAUUAACAACGACCCUGAUCGAAAAAUCCCCGAUCCAAGAACAGGAAAAAUGGUGUCUAUAUGUCAAGAAGUUAUUAUCUUCUGCAGAUGGCGAGGUGCGACCUGACUCAAUUUUGGCGCAGACGGACACAAUCGACGAUGAGCUAGCAAAAGAUCAACAAUGGCGGUCGAAUCAAAAGCUCGUGUUCGACUGCGUAAAUGCAGCAUUGUCGGAGGUUACUAAAGACGAGUGGAGCUCAUAUCCUUGGGCCGAAAAGAAGAUCAAGACAUCCUCUUCGGUAGACGAGGUAUGGUCUCGACUGAACGACAUGUUUUCCGGCGCGGCGAUCGAAUGUGUUUUGGAUGAUUCCGGCGAAAGCUCCACCUACUUGACGGUGGAUAAAAUGGCGCGAAAUGAAGUGGCUGGAAAGGGAUGGAUCGAACAUUUGAAAUUGGAAAUGGAUAAGUUCGGAGAGGCGAUUGGAGACGCCGUCGUUGCGGAUCUUGUCCGGGAGCUCGCCGUCGAACUCGCCGCCGGUGGAGGUUGAAUGAGGCAAGUGGUUUUUAAAUCUUUAUCUUUUAGCUUCAAGUCUCUUAUUUUAACGGUAUUAUUGGUAUUGGUAUUGCAAUAUUUUCUUAAGUUUAAAAUAU